CCCGCGCCGCCCGGGCCGCUCCGGGGACGGGCCGGGGCGGGGCGCGGUCGCAGGAAGCCAGGCGGGGACGCGCGGAGGCGUUGGGGAGCGAGGGAGGGCGCGGCCAACUCCCGGAGGGACGGCAGGCCGAAAGAGCGGCGCCGGGGCCUGGCGCGCAGCCUGAGAUCGCCGGACCGCAGGCCGUCCCACCACGGGCUCUGUCCCGGCCCCAGCCCCCCGCCAGCAUGGCCGGCCGGACCGUGCGGGCCGAGACCCGGAGCCGGGCCAAAGAUGACAUCAAGAAGGUGAUGGCGACCAUCGAGAAGGUCCGGAGAUGGGAGAAGCGCUGGGUGACUGUGGGUGACACUUCCCUUCGAAUCUUCAAGUGGGUGCCUGUGGUGGAUCCCCAGGAGGAGGAGAGGCGGCGGGCAGGCGGCGGGGCAGAGAGAUCCCGAGGCCGGGAGAGACGCGGCAGGGGCACCAGUCCCAGAGGGGGUGGCCCCCUCAUCCUGCUCGAUCUCAAUGCAGAUGAGAGCAGCAACCAGAGUUUCCACUCGGAAGGUUCCCUGCAAAAGGGCACUGAGCCCAGCCCUGGGGGGACUCCUCAGCCCAGCCGCCCUGGAUCGCCUACUGGACCCCCAGAAGCGAUUUCGGAGGAUACUCAGCCCCCACAGCUGGGCCAAGAGAGAGACCCAGGGGGCACACCCGCAGGCGGUACUGAGGACCCCCCGAAGCUGACCAAGGAGGAACCUGUUCCAGAAUUGCUGGAAGCUGAGGAUUCUGGAGUGAGAAUGACAAGGAGAGCCCUCCAAGAGAAAGGCUUGAAAACAGAGCCCCUCAGGAGGCUUCUUCCCAGGAGAGGCCUCCGGACAAAUGCUCGCUCGACUUCCUCGGUGCCAGACACCAGAGCUCCGGGAGGUGGGAGCAAGGCCCAGAGGGCACCCAGGACGAUACCACAGGGGAAGGGGAGGUGAGCGGGCCCAUCCCACAAGGUGAGGCCCUUAGGUCUUCUUUAGCUGCCCCAAGAUCCAGUCACCUACUCGCACCACGUAAGGGUGGAGAGAGCUUCGGAGCUGGACGCCUGCUGCGUGUACCUGGAGGUAGGCGGCCAGCUCUCCACUUGUCCCUGACCCUAAAUCACGGAUCCAUCUUGCUUGUUGUGGGUCCAGAACUGUGGUGCUUGGGGCAGGUCACAGACAAGG